CGUGGAUUAAAUAAACGUUUUCCACUCCUCUCCCUUCAGAGAUUUUCGUGGAAGGUCUUGGCUCUGGCAGUGGAGUUGGAGGGCUGGGUCCUGGGCGAUGACGCGUCCGCGCCCCACUGAUUGGAGCCCGCCCGGCCUUCGGCGCCCGACGGGCUGUCAGGGAGUAUAAAGCAUCCUCCGAGCUGUGCCCUCUCCGCAAACGUGACCUAGAGAAAGUCAAGCCUCACCGACUGAGAAGCCAUGACAUGCCGGGACGCACUUUGCGACGGGCGCUCCAGGAGCAGGGUGCUGGUGCCAGGCAGCUCCCCCAGCGGCUUGCGCCCCCGCGGGUUCGCCAUUACGGAUCUUCUGGGCCUGGAAGCUGAGGUGCCCGCGCCUGCCGGCCCCGGGCCAGGAUCUGGCUGCGAGUCCUCCGUGGCCGCACCCUGUACGGGUUCGGGUCUCGCGGGCUCCUGCAUGGCGCGCGGGGCCCUCCCAUUGGGGCUCGGCCUUCUAUGCGGCUUCGGCGCACAGCCACCCGCGGCCCCUCGGGCGCCUUGCCUGCUCAUGGCCGACGUGCCGUUCCUGCCACCCGGGGCGCCUGAAAUCGCUGCCCCGCAAGCCCCUGGUCGCCCGCCGCCCCCUCUCGGCAGCCAGAAGAGCAGCGAGAGCGUCUCGACGUCCGAUGAGGACAGCCCAUCUGAAGAUAGGAGUGACCUGAAGGUGUCCCCCACCCUUGGCAAGAGAAAGAAGCGGCGACACAGGACUGUUUUCACCGCCCACCAACUGGAAGAGCUGGAGAAGGCAUUCAGCGAGGCCCACUACCCUGAUGUGUAUGCCCGGGAAAUGCUGGCUGUGAAAACUGAGCUCCCUGAAGACAGAAUACAGGUCUGGUUUCAAAACCGGAGGGCCAAGUGGCGGAAGCGGGAGAAGCGCUGGGGUGGCAGCAGCGUGAUGGCGGAGUAUGGGCUCUAUGGGGCCAUGGUGAGACACUGCAUCCCACUGCCAGACUCUGUCCUCAACUCCACCGAGGGUGGCCUGGUUGGUUCCUGUGCACCAUGGCUUCUGGGGAUGCAUAAAAAAUCCACAGGGAUGAUAAGGAAACCAGGAAGUGAAGAAAAGCUGACGGGACUCUGGGACUCAGACCAACUCCAGGAAGGUUCUAGCUCAAGGCAGACAGGAUCCCAGAGAAGCUCAGAUGAAGCCAGCCCUGAGAAUGGCUUGGAAGAUAUGGCCAUUGAUCUCUCCAGCUCUGCCCGGCAGGAGACCAAGAAAGUACACCAGGGCACCAAUGCUAGAGGAUGCUCAGACUCCUCAGGGCUGGAGGGGCUCCAGCCAGGGAAGGUGGGAGCCUGAUGAGGCCCACAGGCCCUACCCUCAAAGGCUGGCAAGUUCAUCUCUUAUGGCAUUUUCCACAAGAUAACAGUUGUCUAAGACAAGGACUCUCAGCUGGAUUUUCUUUUUCCAGUGUCAGGAUAAAAUGUAAUGCCACUUGCUUUAAGAAGACAAAUGGAUACCUUAGGGAAAGCCCAUUUCACCCUAGAAUGGAAACCAUUCCUUAAAGGCAGUGAAUUUUAUGUAAAAUUUUACUUCUUUUUUGUAGAACUUGAGAAGGGAGGAUUUAAAGUUCAAAAAGUGUAUUCACUGCUGGGCCUCAUUUGAGAUUUGGUUCAAUAUACUGUGUAAAUUAAUAGGUGGUCUGAUGUCCUCCAUCUGAAUUUGAAAAUAUAAAUUUAUUUAAUCUCCAGAGAAUCAGAUGUCUUUAUAAAUAGCAAAGACCCCAUACAGACAUAUGAAUGAAUUAUAGUAUCUUUACCUUGAACUUGGCUUUGGACAUUUCACUUUUCUCAUUAAGCAAUACUUUGUAUUAUCCUGAGUGUCAUUUGAUAGGCUGUGCAUAUCAGAACUCAUAAACAAGAAAGCAACCCAUACUUUCCCUUCCCUUCUGAAAUAGCAUGGGACUGUGUUUAAUAUCUAUAAACAGUGUUUUAAGGUCAGACAAAGCUUCUCGGUCUUUUAAAAUUUAUGUUUGAAAGCACUUUAGCAACUUGGAUUUCAUGAAUGUUUUGUUUCCUGUAUUUCCGUUGCAAUUUAUUUAUUAUUUAAGAAUAAACAUUGUGUGGUGUG